AUGGGUACAGUGCUGUCCCUCUCCCCGAGCUACCGCAAAGCAGCCCUGUUUGAGGACGGGCCAGCUACAGUGGGUCACUAUACAGCAGUCCAGAACAGCAAGAACGCUAAGGAUGCUGCGGCAGCUGCUACCAAAUCCCUCAAACGCCCCUCCAUCAUCAGCGUGCUCCCAUGGAAACGUAUUGUGGCCGCAUCAGCCAAGAGAAAGGGCUCCAAGAAGCUGCAGUCCGACGGCGGCGACAGCGGGAAAGGAUGCUCGCCAGACGCAGAUGACGUCAUCACCUCUAAUUCGGCCUCGAACAGCUUGAACCUGAAGAAGUCUCAGUCCUGUGCAAAUCUUUCCUCUUAUUCUUCCAGCCAGGAUCACUCGGCCACCACCUUGACUACCUCCUCCCACCUCCCGACCUCCAAGACCCUGAUUAACGUAGCUACUGUCGCUGCCAAAAAGAAUUCCCUCACUGGAUCUGGCAUUCAACCUUCAGCUGCAGUCGGUACACCAAAGCGUGUCAUUGUUCAGGCUUCCACCAGUGAGCUGAUGCGCAGCCUGGGCGAAUUCCUGUGCCGCCGCUGUUACCGUCUAAAGCGUCUCUCGCCGACCGAUCCUGUGCUGUGGCUGCGCAGCGUCGACCGCUCCCUUCUCCUUCAGGGCUGGCAGGAUCAAGGCUUCAUCACGCCGGCCAACGUGGUCUUCCUCUACAUGUUGUGCCGCGACGUCGUCUCCGCCGAGGUAGCCUCGGAGCGUGAGCUGCAGGCCUCGCUGCUCACGUGCCUCUACCUGUCCUACUCCUACAUGGGCAACGAGAUCUCCUACCCGCUGAAGCCCUUCUUGGUCGAGGCCGAGAAGGAGGCCUUUUGGGACCGCUGCCUGGAGAUCAUCAACCGCAUGAGCGGUAAGAUGCUUCAGAUCAACACCGACCCGCACUUCUUCACCCAGGUGUUUGCUGAUCUGAAGAACGAGAGCAAGAAAGAAGACGAGAAGACCAAACUCUUUAUAGGUCUUGACCGAUAAAAGGACGUUUGAAGGAGGAGAAAGGAAAAGAUGGAUGUG